AUGUUCUACGAAACGCUCUACGUCCACGACGCAAAAGCAGCGGCCUGCCAGCCGACGCUGCCGUACAGAGCAGCGGCCGCCCCGGCAAAGGCCGCCUCCUCGUGCAGCAACAACAACAACAACAUGAUCCUCCAGGUCCCCAAGCCGCAGGCGCAGCGCCCCAAGCCGCUCGACGCCGACGACCUGACCAGGAGGCUGCACGUCGUGCUCGCCGAGCAAAAGGCCCAUGCCGAGAGGAAGAAGCGCGCGAGGGCCGCCCUCGACGCCGAGCGCCAGGCGAAUGCCGCGGCCGUGGCCCGCAACGCGAGCGCCCUGCAUCCCGGCCAGCGCGGCAUCGCCAUGGGACCGACGGUUCCGUCUACGCAGAUACAGAAGAAGGAGGCAACGGCGUCCAAGUCACACGUUCGAGGUGCGCCUCGAGACUCACACCAAGAUGUCCCCAAGACGGACAGGCUCCACAAGGCCGGCAUGAAGAAUUCUACCUCGUCGUCUAGCAACAGGAAUUCGGAGGAUGCGCCACCGGCCAACUACCGUCAUAUCCCGCAGGUUGCUGCCUUGCAAUUUGCCCGAACGACCACCACCGAGACGGUGACGGAGAAGCACCUCGUGCACAAGCUGUCCCGACAGGCUAUCAAGCACCAUGUGCAGGGCCCCAAUGCAGCCGCUGGACGAGCACCAGACGUUGCCCCGGCUGAGCAGCACAAGGCGCUCCGAAGGGCGCAGAGCAUGAGGGAGAGGCAGUAUUAUGAGCAAAACCAGUUCCAGCUCCAGCACCCUCACAUCCUCGCCACCACAACGGAGGUGGAUGAGAGGCCCGCGACGACCGCCCCUCAUACAUUCCAUGAAUACCUCCAAUCCCAACGUGUAGACGCCCUCGAUGAGUCAAGCAAGGAAAUGCGAAGGAGGAGCAUGGGUGCUAUCCUCAGCAUGAUGGUGCCGAGAGAUGCCGAGACGGCUGAGUUAUCGCAUACGUCGUCGGAGAACCAGUCUGCCCCCAGUCACUCUGAUAUCCUGCCUGCGAACCCUGAUGAGCACCGUGUGGACUGGACCCAAAGUGACGAAGCUGCGAUUCUUCAACAAAAACAGCAGCAGCAGCAGCAGCAGGAAUCACAUCCGCAGCUGCCGCAGCAGUCGCAAAAGAGCACGUCUGGUCCCAAUGUUUUGCGAAAGGCCGAGUCUAAAUGGGCUCUGCGAACGAGACUCGGUAGCUUCAGCAAGAAGGGCGACAAGCUGCCUUCGCCGACGGAGGAGAAAGACGUCGGGUCGCCCGAGCGGCCCAAAUCCCCUACCAAGGCGGGAGGGCUCUUUUCGCGAUUCAAGCGUUAG